AUGAAGCUCGACAUCACCCGCCAACUCUUCCAACGCUCCGACCGUGUUAAGGCUGUUGACCUCCACCCUACGGAACCCUGGGUCAUCGCAUCUCUCUACACCGGAACCGUCACAAUCUGGAACUACGCACUCGGCACCACCGUCAAGUCUUUCGAAGUUACCGACGUCCCUAUCCGCGCUGUCAGAUUCAUCCCCCGCAAAUCCCAAUUCAUCUGUGGUGCGGAUGAUUUCCAUGUGAGAGUUUACAACUACUCGACCGGAGCAAAGGUCGCCGGAUGGGAGGCUCACCCGGAUUAUAUUCGCGUGUUAGCGGUACACCCAACCCUGCCGUACGUGUUGUCCGCGGGUGAUGACAUGACGAUCAAGCUCUGGAACUGGGACGACGGAUGGAGAUGUGAGCGUGUCUAUGAGGGCCACGCACAUUACGUGAUGUCCCUCGCAUGGAACCCCAAGGACGCCAACGUGUUCGCGUCAGCCUGUCUUGACCGUACCGUGAAGGUCUGGUCUCUCGGCUCCUCUACGGCUAACUUCACCAUCGAAGCACACCAGCGCGGUGUCAACUACGUCGAUUACUACCACGGAGGCGACAAACCAUACCUCCUCACCUCCUCUGACGACGGACAAAUCCGCGUCUGGGACUACCAAACAAAAGGCCUCGUCUCCUCCCUCUCCGGACACACCUCCAACGUCUCUUUCGCCAUCUUCCACCCAUCUCUUCCUAUCAUUUUGUCCGGCUCCGAGGACGGAAGUAUUAAGAUCUGGCAUUCUUCCACGUACAGGUUGUUGCAGACCCUCAACUACGGAUUGGAGCGCGCAUGGUGUAUCUCCUACCUCAAAUCCACCAACUCCAUUGCUCUCGGUUUCGACGAAGGUGUGGUCGUAUCCAAACUUGGACGCGAAGGCCCUGUGGGCUCUAUGGACCAGAGUGGCAAGAUCAUCUUCGCCCGUAACACCCAGAUUCUCGGCGCAGCUAUUCGUGAUACGGACGUUGCGGAGAAGAAGGACGGUGAGAAGAUCUUGUUGCAGACGAGGGAGCUUGGGAUGUCGGAAGUUUAUCCGGGGAAGCUUACGCAUUCUCCGAAUGGACGUUUCGUGACCUUGACUGGUGAUGGGGAGUAUAUUAUCUACACUGCCCUCGCAUGGCGUAACAAGGCUUUCGGCUCGGCUCUUGACUUUGUUUGGGCUCGUGACUCAAACGGAUAUGCUAUUCGUGAGGCUUCUGGAUCCAUCAGAGUUUACAAGGCAUUCAAGGAGAGGGCUGGAUGGGCUUCCAACGUGACCUGGGAGGCUGACGGUUUGUGGGGUGGUGAGCUCCUCGCUGUCGGUGGAAAGGAGUGGGUUGGGCUCUUCGACUGGGAAAGCGGAGCGCUGGUCCGGAGAAUCGAUGUUGCUGCCCGCGAUAUUUGGUGGUCCGAAUCCGGAGAACUUUUGGUCAUCGCUACUGACGAGUCCUUCUACGUUCUCCGUUUCCACCGCGAGCUCUACGCCGAGGCUGUUGAGAACGGUAACGUCGAUGCUGAUGAGGGCGUUGAGGAUGCGUUUGAGGUCAUUGCGGAGGUGAGUGAGGCUGUGAGAUCUGGUGAAUGGAUUGGUGACUGUUUCGUUUACACCAAUACUGCGAACCGUUUGAAUUACCUCGUUGGUGAUCAGACUCAUACUAUCUCGCACUUUGAUUCGGGGAUGUAUAUGCUUGGUUACAUUCCUCGCGAUGGACGUGUUUACUUGGCGGAUAAGGAUGUCAAUGUCGUUUCUUACCAGUUGAGUUUGGGUGUGGUUGAGUAUCAGACCUUGGUCCUCAGGGGCGACAUGGACGCCGCGGCAGAAUUGCUUCCCACCAUCCCUGAAGAACAGGUCGGCAAACUCUCACGGUUCUUGGAGGGUCAGGGAUUCAAGGAGCUCGCACUCGAUAUCGCUACCGACCCCGAACAAAGAUUCGACCUCGCAUUGCAGUUGGCGAGAUUGGAUGUCGCUAUCGAGAUCGCUCGUGCGCAGGAUUUGGAGGCCAAGUGGAAGACAGUGGGUGAUGCUGCGCUGCUAAGCUGGGAUUUGGCGUUGGCAGAGGAGUGUUAUGUGAAUGCUAAGGACUUGGGGUCGCUGUUAUUGCUGUACUCUUCUACUGGUGACAGCGAGGGUAUGCGCAAGGUUGCGGAGUUGGCUGUUGAGGGUGGAGCUAACAACGUGGCUUUUGCGGCUUUGCUGUCUACCGGCGAGACCAAUGGUUGUGUGGACUUAUUGACGAAGACCGGCAGAGUAGGCGAGGCGGCUUUGUUCGCUAAGACUUACGUGCCGAGUCGUCUCCCUGGCGUCGUGGAUCAGUGGAAGGAAGACCUUGGCAAGAAGGAGAGGAAGAGGCUGGCAGAGAUGAUCGCGAACCCAAGAGAUGACGAGGAGCUCUUCGAGGACUGGAAGGAGGUCCUGGACCGGGAAGCGCAGGUUGCGAAGGGUGAGAAUCUGAUCGACAUUUCCGAAGUCCAGGCACCAGAGGCUGAGACCGAACAGGAGGGUGAUGCUAUUGCAUCGGAGGAUGUUACUGCUAUGGAGGUCGAGGAGACAAAUGGUGAUGGUGCUGUUGAGGCAGAUGAGGAGGAUGACAACGAAUCAGAAGGCAAAAAGGACGAGUAG